AAUGAUUUAUAAGAAAGACCUCGUCGGUCUGGACUUGCAUUAUUUGCAGUACGAAGGUUUUGUAAACCCAACCGCAAACCACUUGGGCCUCUUUCAAGUUUAAACCACUCUCUCUCGCCGGACAGGGAGGACCGUUGGGCGCCAUCUCUCAAUCCUCAACCAACCUUGUUUUCCUCCUCUUCUUCUCUCUCCACAACCCUAAAAAUCUCACUCUGUCACUCACUCACAGUCACUCUAUACAAAGGUUUUGAAGAAAUUACAAUACUUGGUGAAAAUGGCGGCUACCCAAUUCAGAGGUGGCGCACUUUCUGGCGGAUUAACCACUAGAGUCAGUGACCAUAUUCCAACAACUAAGAGAGCAAGGUUGUUUAAUUCAUUGAACCAAAGCGAAGCUGGUAAAUUUGGAGCACUAAGUGGUGGGAAGGAUUUGAGCAAUGCCAAUGUUGUGGGGGGCUGUAGUCUGUCUGCUACACACCGAGCACUGUGCUCCCCGCUAUUGACACGUCGCCGAAGACCCUGUUUCCCAGUGGUGGCUAAUCAGUUGAGUUCUGAUGUUGGUGUCGGUUCUUCUGAGGUUAAGGAAAAGUUAGCUUUAGAGGAAGAGCAAGCUCUCAUAAAUGGAGGGAGUGAUGACCUUACCUGUCUAUCGUUGAGCAACAUUCCUAUCAGUCAAACAUAUUCUCCAGAUGUCAAACGUGAGCUGUUUAUGCUUUCUUUACCUGCAAUUUUGGGUCAGGCCAUUGAUCCCUUAGCACAGCUAAUGGAGACUGCUUACAUUGGUAGAUUGGGUUCUGUGGAGUUGGCUUCAGCUGGUAUUUCAAUGAACAUCUUCAAUUAUAUAUCAAAGCUAUUUAAUAUCCCUCUCCUCAGUGUUGCUACAUCUUUUGUUGCUGAAGAUCUUGCAAAGAGUGAAAGUAUAGCUUCUACUUCAGAAAAUGGUUGUCUAGGAGACAUUACUAAUGGUAAACCCAAACGUACUGAUGGAGUAACUGAGAGAAAGCAGCUAUCUUCAGUGUCUACAGCUUUACUAUUAUCAGUGGGGAUUGGGAUUUUUGAGGCCGUAGCCUUGUCUUUGGGAUCUGGAUUGUUUCUGAAUAUGAUGGGCAUAUCGAUGGACUCACCUAUGCGCAUUCCUGCACAACGGUUUCUUUCACUAAGAGCAUUUGGUGCUCCAGCAGUUGUAGCGUCUUUGGCUCUUCAAGGAGUUUUCCGUGGUUUUAAGGAUACAAAGACUCCAGUACUAUGUCUAGGUAUUGGUAAUCUGCUAGCUGCAUUUUUAUUACCCAUCCUUAUGUAUUAUUUUGGUUUGGGUGUAACUGGUGCAGCCCUUUCCACUGUUAUAUCUCAAUACACUGUCACCUUUUUAAUGAUCUGGUUUUUAAAUAAGAGAGCUAUACUAUUGCCUCCAAAGGUGGGAUCAUUGCAAUUUGGUGGAUACAUAAAAUCUGGUGGUUUUCUUCUUGGAAGAACUCUUGCUGUUCUUACUACCUUGACAUUGGGAACAUCAAUGGCUGCUCGUCAAGGUCCAGUAGCUAUGGCUGCUCAUCAGAUAUGUAUACAAGUUUGGUUGGCUGUAUCCCUUCUAACUGAUGCAAUGGCUGCAUCUGGUCAGGCUCUGAUUGCUAGUUAUUUAUCUAAAGGUGAAUACAAAAUUGUGAAAGAAGUUGCUGACUCUGCGUUAAAGAUAGGAUUGUUCACAGGUGUUUCCUUGUCUGUAAUUUUGGGAUUAUCUUUUGGUUCUUUAGCUACGUUGUUCACCAGAGAUCCUGAAGUAUUAGUAAUUGUCAGAUCUGGGAUAUUGUUUGUCAGUGCUAGUCAGCCAUUGAAUGCUCUAGCAUAUGUUUUCGAUGGUCUCCAUUACGGUGUUUCAGAUUUUGCAUAUGCAGCUCGCUCCAUGAUGGUAGUGGGGGCAAUAUCUUCCGCAGUUUUGCUAUAUGCUCCUUCUAUUCUUGGCCUUCCUGGGGUUUGGUUGGGAUUAACUCUCUUCAUGGGCUUGCGUGCUGUGGCAGGCUAUGCCAGAUUUCUGUCAAAAUCAGGUCCAUGGUGGUUUGCGCACACGGGCAUUCAGAAAGCCCAGGUUAGUGGACAUCCAUAAUUUUCAAACAAUGUAACUUUACUGAGCUGUUUGGAUUUUUGUAUAAUUGUCACUUCUGUUCUUCUUUCGCAUGCUGCAAAGAUUUUUGCUCUCUCUCCCUCGAAUGACUAGUUAGAAUGUGUACUGAAGUUAGAAUGCAAAGAUUUAGGUUGGAAAUCUUAUUAGAGGACAACAUUUUAGAAAUGGAAUUUUAUAUGAACAUGUUUCCAGCUUUUAGAAUGUGCCCUAAACAAGAUACAAUUUUUUUCCAGCUAGCCAUUUGAGUGUUUCCCAUAAGCCGGAGAGAGGUUUCAGCUGUAAAGCGCGGCUUUGGUUUGGAUUACCAUUCGUAUUAGCUUAUUAAACAUUUUUUAUUCAUUCAUAAUUUUUAGUAGAAAAAAUAACCUAAACAUUACUUAUUAUUCUUGUAAGUUAUUGUUAAUUUGCUUUUUAA